CAAUAACUCAGAGAGGAAGGUGGAAGUGAGAGAGAGAGGGAGAGAGGGAGAGACACUGGGAGUCAUAUGGCCUGCAGCUCAUUUCAGAGAUAGUGACGAACAGAGCGCUCACUCUGUACUCCUACCGAUUAUUACACCGGAGUGUGCAGAGGAUGUGUCAUAGCUUUUUGGGAUAUUUUCUAUAAAUUACUAUCACGAAAGGACAUAACAAUAUAUCGCAUUUGAGAAAACAUCUGAGUGACAAUGCCAGAGGAGAAAGUGUUUCAGCAGCCGGCUGUCCACAGCCCUCUGGAGCAGCAGAAGCAGAAGCAAAAGCAGGGAGGAGGAGGACCUAUCCCCUGCCAGAACUGUGGGAAGCCCUGCAAAGGGGAGGCACUCCGUGUCCAGAACAAACACUUCCACAUCAAGUGCUUUGUCUGUAAAGUAUGCGGUUGUGAACUGGCUCAGGGAGGUUUCUUUGUGCGUCAGGGUGAAUACAUCUGUACUAUGGACUACCAGCGACUGUACGGGACUCGCUGCUUCAGCUGCCAGGACUUCAUCGAGGGGGAGGUGGUGUCUGCCCUGGGCAAGACCUACCACCCCCGCUGCUUCGUUUGCACCUCCUGCAAACAGCCGUUCCCGGCCGGUGACCGAGUGACGUUUAAUGGGAAGGAGUGUGUCUGCCAAAAGUGUACCCAGCCUCUCCCUGCCAACAGCCCAGCAUCCAUACAGGCUGUCCACAACUGCUGUGGCUGUGGGAAGGAGUUUAAGAAUGAACAGUCUCUUGUUGCACUGGACAAGCACUGGCACCUGGGCUGCUUCAAGUGUAAAGUGUGCAACAAGGUGCUCAAUGCCGAGUACAUCAGCAAGGAUGGAAUCCCCUAUUGUGAGAUGGACUACCACGCCAUGUUUGGUAUCCAGUGUGAGAGCUGCAAGAAGUACAUCACUGGAAAAGUCCUGGAGGCUGGAGAGAAGCAUUACCACCCCACAUGUGCCCGCUGUGCUCGCUGUGAGCAGAUGUUUGCAGAGGGAGAAGAAAUGUACCUGCAAGGAUCUUCUAUUUGGCAUCCUCCAUGCAGACAAGCAGCCAAGCAGGAGGAGAAGAGUAAGAAGCAGGUCCGGAUACAGCUCAGUGACAUCCCUGAGCAACAGGUGACCCGCACUUCAUCUGAGAGCAUCACUUCAGUCCCAGCCUCCAGCGCCUCAGGCUCUCCUAGCAGAGUCAUCUAUGCCAAACUAGGAGAGGAGAUGCUGGACUACAAGGACCUGGCAGCCCUUCCAAAGACAAAGGCCAUAUAUAACAUAGACAGACCUGACAUGCUGUCCUACUCUCCAUACGUCAGCUAUGUAUCUGAGGAGAGGCACUACGGAGAGUCCCCCCAGCUGCUUUCUCCUGCUCCUACUGAGGGUGAUGGGGAGAAAUCACCCCGUCAGCGGAGGCCUUCCAGUCCCAGCUCCAACAGCUCCCUUGGGGGCUACGGACGUUAUACCCCGUCCCGUUCCCCCCAGAAUUACAGCCGACCAGCGUUCAAACAGGACCCCCUGCCUGAUCCUAUGCGUACAACAUCCCUGCACCUCAUUUUACCUCCUCCUAACGGUAAAAACUCCAGUAGUUUUUCUCUUCUUUGUGUCGCCGAUCCUCUAUUGGAAUGGUUAGCAGGUUUUGUGAUGUUGUUGUCCGUAUCGUGGUGUUUCAUGGAGUUCAUCCAGGUACAUUCAUAGGACCACUCAGUUUUUCUCAUUCUGCUUGUUCUGUUCACUUGUGUCUGUGGACAGUGUUAUUGUUGUGCAUGGUUUAACUUGUGUAGUUUGAUGUAGACCUGAGUGUGACCCUGAUGCUAUAGUUUAUUUGGUUUUGGUUGGUUUUGGUUGUCAACUGCAAAUGUUAUCAUCACUAAAUCUUUAUAGCUUUCUUUAAUUUUGUGUUUAGGGAUAUGCAGUUUCGGAAGCAUAUGCAUGUUAGCACAGAGGGUUUUUCAGUUUAACGUUGCCAUUAUCCAUUCAGUGUGAAUCACUAGUUUUCUCCAUUUUGCAUUAGCAAAUAUAGCUUAGUUUACUGGUAGCAACAGACUUUUUGCUUUUUUAAUAGCGUUCAGAUUUUGAUUUUAAAGUGACGGCCCCAAUUUAAAGAGUUUCGACAGCACCCAGGCACUUUCAUACAGGGAAAUUUUCACUUGUAGAUAAUCUUUGCCUCAGAAAAGAUGUUAUUUUUGUGCUAUAUAGAACCCUGACAGCAGGAACACAUUUUUUUGACCUAUGAUUGCUUGAACCAUGGCUGAUUUAAAGGAAGCGAUAGAGAGUGAAAUAGCAUGAGCUUCCAACUCAGUAUUUGCACAGAAAAUCAUGAACACGUGUUUCAAGGUUUUGGUGGUUUUUCCAUGACAGAGUGGAGAGGAUAAGAGGGAAUUCUCCUAGGAGGAAGAUGAAAGAGAGGAGGGGGAAUGAAAUAGCCCAAGUGGGCUGAGCCGUAAUUUGGGGGUCUGAUUGCCAGUUGCAGUGGCAUUUUACAGAUGAGAUGAGACUUUAUUGAUCCACGAGGGGAAAUUUGGUUGUUACAGCAGCCAGCAGAACAAGACAAGUGCUAAAAGUACAGAAAAGAUAUAAAAAGAUAUAAAAGAUUAUCUAUAAUAAUGAUAAUGAUAAAAAUAAUGAAGAAAUACAAGGUUAUAUUUACAGUACAGCAAAUACACAGUCUUGUUCAAUCGGUUCCUAAGAUCCUGUGAAAGAGAGAUAUUAGUUUUCAUGCAACAAGUUCAUGCUUUGAUGAGCUAUCGGAUUUCCUUGGAGGAGUUUCGGUGAUAUUAAGACUUAAGAGACUCUCAGGUCACUUUUGGAAAUUGAGGGAGAGUUGAGGAAAGGAAUUGCAAGCUUGAAUGUGCUAUGUUUUUGUUUAAAAUGAUCUCCCUGAUUCCUUGUUAAUGACGCAACCAUCUUUUAUAUCUUAUCAUUGUGUUAUUGGUGUUGGAUUAAUCACUGGCCUCCACCUUUUGUCAAAUGUGUAAUCCUUUUACAUGAAUUAUAAUGCAUCUCCUCCCUAAACUUUCCAAGCCUCCGACACAUCCUACUUCAGCUCCAUAUGUUUUUAUGGAGGACCUGCCCUACAUUCAGACCUGCACUAACAGUACUGUGGUGUGAUCAUGCGUGCAUUUAUGUGCAUGUGUGCGUGAUUGUGUGUAUGUAUAGGAGAUCACUGGGACCAGCACUAACAGCACUGCUGCGUGAGUCAGUGAUCUCACUCAUUUGCAUCCAGAUUGCUGCCCAGGGUUCCUCGGAGGGUGAAGAGUGUGUGUUCAAUCAGUUAACACUCUCUUAGGUUCACCCCCAGUCUCUCUCUCUGUUUCUUCCUCAAAGCUCUGGAUGUAAAGUGUUUGUUACUCUUUGGCCUUCAGGGUGUCAGUGACUUCAUCACCCAGCCUGCCUGUGACAUAACACAAUGGGGUGGACCCUUGGUUGUUGUCAUAGAUACAAAACACAUACAUACAAGCAAUCAGCAGAAUGUGAAUGUAUGUGACGCUAACAACAAAACACAAAUGGACAAAUGUAACAAACCCCAUUAUUUUGCCAUUAUCUUUUGUUAUUUUGCAGUGAAAACUGUUACGUGAUGAGAACCAACCACUCAUUGACCUAGUGCAGAAAUGUUUUGCAAGAAUUAAAUAUUUAGCUCUCUACUAGAGAGCUGGGGGAUAUUUUACAGUUCAAAUGAAGUGCUGUACAGAACAGCACCAGCUCCUUUUCGCCAGCUGUGUCUGAACAUUUCUGAGGACUUUCCAAAACCAGCAGUCCUGUAGGUGUGAAAAUGGGCUGCUCAAGAACUCUGCAAGGUCUGCGUGAUUCUCUGCAGUGGCUUCAAUUAAUCACUUCAGCAGCUUCAAUGCAGCAUAAAGUAGAUUGUGCCAUAAAACAGUUCAGCUUAUCCUGUGCAAAUUCACAGAGGACUGACCUCAUUCCAGUUAACUUUGUGCAAAGAGUCAUGUGCAAUCAUGUACAGUCAUGUAGGUCAGCUGUCUAUCACAGGGCUGACAACCAGUCACACUCACACCUAGAGGCAGUGGAGGCUUCACACUCCACAUCCUUUGGUCCCUUUUUGUCAGUGGAUCAGUCUGAAAGUGACGUUCAGUCUCUUUAGGAUUUAACAGACGCUUCAGAAAUUGUACGUCUCACUGAAGAGUUACCCCCACCCCUUGAGGAGACUAGUGGCAAUUCCUGCAACUAUUCGCUCUGAUGGAAAAAGUGAACGUGGGCAUAUAUUAUUCUUUUGACCCAGUCACCAAAAAUGAUUUUUCACAAACCACAUAUCUUUUAAAUUUGAUUUGGAAUUUUUCAAUUCUGACACCAAAAUGGCAUUUUUCAGACAGACAAAUUAGAAAGUAAUUAACUUUGUCUUUGCCUCAGCAACAUACUCUCAUGAAAUCUGGAGAUCUCUAGCAAACAAAUUAAGCUAGCAGAUAAAUCUAGUGUUGCUUUGGUUCACCAUGGACAAGCAAUAGCCGCCAGUAAUGUAUUGGUGUUAAAAAUGUCCAGUGAUGAAUGGAGAUGAAGUGACAGGCCCGCUUAGGAGACAGGAAGUGUAUGACAUGUAAUACCACUGGCACAGAUUGAAAGGGUCAUCUUUACACAGAUCAGUACCUUCAAGUCUCAGGCCAUGUUUUGGUGGACUGCUCGAUGCAGGUAAAACAUAGCAGUUACCCCGAGUGGAAGCAUUACAGUGUUGUGACUGCAAGUUACAAACAUCAGCAGAAGUAAUUCAGUCUUGAAUUAGUACUGUUUUUGUCAAGAGGUGAGCUAUGAAGGAAAGGUAUCGAUUUACUGGUCUUCAUUCCAUCCCUCAUCCAAUCGUUGGGUGAAAGAAACAAAACUGGAGAUAUAUGUGGCCAAAGACAGCUUUGUGCAAAGGAUGGGUAGUCCUUUUUCAAAGUGGUGAUUCCCAUGGGCAUUCUGAGGAUGUUGAUGGAUGGAAAGAAGGAUGUUUGGGCUGAGGCUCAACAAUAUCUAUACAAUAUCUAUGGUAAAUAGGUAGCAUUUACAGUUCAGGAUGAUUUUUGUGUCUCAUCAUUUAACAGGUCACCAAAAUCUCAGUAAAAUUUUUCAAGACAAUCUUUCAAUACUGUAAAUACAGUAAAUGGCUGGGUUAUCAAGUCACCUACAUUAUUGUAAUAUUCACAGCUUUGUGUUUGAGAUUUAUCAAUAUGUUUACCUUAACACAGCCUUUUUGCUUCCCCAAUGCCCUUUGUUUACUCCCAAACCUUUUCCUUUUUGGUUUUUGUAUCCAAUGCCCACCCUACUCUGUCCCCA